UGUGCGCUUGCUCGGAUUCACCCGCAGCCAUAAUGAGCCCAGAGCUUUAUCCCGAACCGAACCGAGCCUGUGCUGAUCCGCGAUCCGACCUCUGAUGCUCUUCGACAUCAUCUCGGGCUAGCUUUAGCCUUAGCUGUGGGCCAGCUGCUCAUUUAUCUGCUCUGGGUUAGUGUUGUUAUUAGUAAAUGCUGAAAUAAGUGAUUGUGAGUGUGAUGUUUUUCGUUAUACAAGCACACAAGUGUGUGAGCAGGACGUUUACUGUUUCAUCUCUGUCAGUAUAUCUUCAAGAGAGAGUCUGAUCAUAUCUGAAACUCACAUUAUUUUACUGUCAGUGCAACUGUCACUCACAUAUCAGCGUGAUUGCAGUGAUUAACACAGUAUUUACAGAUAUCAAUCGGUGGAUAAACCUGAAUGCCGAGAUGGGAAUCAUCUUAUGUCAUGUUAAUGACUGGAACCAUGAAUUUCCGCGAGCGUCAUCUAAACGGUCCAUGAUGAGCAGCACAUCUAAAGACCUGCCGAGAGAGCGUGACCUGUGCGGUCCACUGUAAAGACACGUCACCUGACCCGGACCCGCGGGUCCCACUGCCUGCUGGGAGCUGCAACUCUUUCCAUGCGUCUAGUCAUUUGAGGUGCUUUCAGACUUCUUUCUCAUGGCUUUGAUUGGUCGGACUCUAGCAGCGGAGGUCCUGUCUGCGUCGAGUGGAAAAGUAAUGAGUCCGUUUCGUGGCUGGUCUGCGCUGUGAGGCCGUCUCACUGCGUCCUGGGAAAGUUGUGCUCCGUCUUCCCUCUUCUGAGCGCCAGAAUGAGACAUUGUGCCGGGACAGGGAAGAGCGUGUGAUCUCUCACGAGGAGUUUUGCACUGGUCCAUAAAAAUGAAUGGAGGUAAAGAAAGGGAGGGUGGGGACGGCAGAGGACAUCUCGCCCAGGUGCCCAUCGGCUGGCAGCGAAAGGUGGAGGCCUCGGGUGUCCUUUACAUCAGUCCAAGUGGAUCAGUGCUGUCCUGCCUCGAGCAGGUGAAGUCUUACUUGCUGACUGAUGGCACCUGUAAAUGUGGUCUGGAGUGUCCUCUCAUCCUACCCAAGGUUUUUAAUUUUGAUCCUGGUGCGGUGGUGAAGCAGAGGACUGCUGAGGAUGUGAAGGCUGAUGAGGAUGUUACGAAGCUUUGCAUCCACAAGAGGAAGCUUAUCGCUGUCGCGACGCUGCAUAAAAGCAUGGAGCUGCCGCCUCCUUCGCUAACACUCACCAGUCCUGGCGGAGGCACAAGUGUGACCUCCAUGACCUCGACCGCACAGCCUCGAGCAAUAAGGAAUAAAACCCACGAGGGCCAGCCAGAAUGUAAGAUCCCGUAUAAGGUGAUGAUGGCGGCGGGGCAGCGGCACUUCUCUCCGGAUCGGUGUGUCCCGCAGGACGUUUUCCCUCCGUUCUCCCGACAGAGACUGGCCAGCGGGGACCCGGGGCCCAAGUCUCCGUACCGCAGAGUCAUGCUGAGCCCUCCCUCGCAAGCCUUCGGGGACGGUUCUCUGUCCCCAAGAACAGACGCUAUUGGCAGUCCUGACGCGUUUUUGCGGAACAACCCCUGUGGCUUCCAGGGAACCGGUAGUCCAAGCGCAAUCCACAGCAACAGCCGAAUCCCUUUGUCUUCUCCCGGGGUCAUGAUGCACGGCUCGCCUGUCACACAGUCAUCAUGUGUAAUGGCUGGAAGGACUAACAUGCCUCUGUCGCCGCCAGUCCCAAACAAGAGCCCCGUAAUGAAAAAGCCCAUGUGCAACUACCCGCCCGGCAUGGACUCGAGCAGAACGGUGUUUCACCACAAGGCUCCGUCGGCUCCCUGUUCCCUGCAGAAUAAACAGAAUAAACAAGUGAGCUCCGAAAAAGACCCUCUUGGCAUCCUGGAUCCCAUUCCCAGUAAACCCAAUCCCACUUUCCAACCCAACGCCCACUCUCAGGUACCAAUGAUGAAUGUAAACAUCCCUCCUGCAAUCGUCCCAUUGCCGAGCAACCUGCCUUUACCCACGGUGAAACCGGUCGGUCACAUGACGAGGAAUUCGCACGGCACAGCCACAUCAAUCUCCCCGUCGCCCGUCACUUCUCCUGUGCACAUGUCCGGGCCGGCUUUGAGCCGGAUUGAAGCGUCUCCACAACGUUCCCGUUCCUCGUCAACCUCAUCCGAGCAAGGAAGCUUCGCCGUUCCCCCGUGCGCCACGAUAAAGGUCCCGCCCCGCUCGCCGAGGUCCUCAAUGAGUUCCCCACGACCGGCUUUGCCUUCAAGCCCAUCUGGCAAACCGGAUGGUAUCCACCAGUACAAAGAAAUCCCAACCCAGUUGCUGGCAGGGAUGAGCAGUCAGCACAACCCCAUGUAUCCCCCCUCGAAGGAAAAGGAACACCCGGGCCUUUUGGGAAUGCCACUGAACCAGAUCCUUAACCAACACAACGCUGCCUCGUUCCCCGCCAGCAGUCUCCUCUCAGCCGCCGCCAAAGCACAGCUAGCAAAUCAAAACAAGAUCGGAGGAGCCGGUGGCACUUGCCCUCUCAGUGCGGGUGAAACCAACAGAGCUGUUGAAACACACAUGUUGCCACCAAACCCUGGUAUGGUUAUACCUAGCGAAGCCCAGAGUGGGCGCGCGGCGCUUCGGGAUAAGCUAAUGGCACAGCAACGCGACCCUCUCCGCAAGCGUAAACAUCCUCCAAACGCUACCAACCACGAGAAUUUCUUCAACAUGACCGGCAUGAGAACGCCAUCCGCCGAGCAGAUGCGAAAAACCUCUCGAAUGCCAUCGAACACGUCAAUGGCUCAGCUACUCCAGUCUCUGAGCAACCACAGCUCACACAUGGGCAGGGGGAGCAGAAACCCAGGGCUGGUGAGUCCGGGGCGUGUGCACUUCCCCGAGGGGGUCGUGACCUCUGGCGUGGCGUCUCAGAACGCGCAGGUUCAGCAGCGACUGCACGGCCCGGCCGACGCCAUGAUGGAGACCCAGAGCCAGUAUUCAGGCAGGAUCAACCAGAUGCAGGCGACAGCGAUGGGAAACUGUGGACCCGUGAACCAAAGCGGACAAGUUCCUCUCGGAAACCAUGUGAUGAGACACGCGAGCGCUCACUUUCAGCAGCGCGUUCAGCCAAGCGUUAGCUGUAUGCUACCCAGCGGCAGUGAAGCCUGCUGCUCACAACCCAUGACUGACACAGGUGACCCUGCAUCGCUGAGCUGCAGUAUAGGAAACUCUCCUCAGAUGGGUGGUGUCAUGGCUGCCGCUGGGCACAUAUACCAACACCAUCAACAGCACCAACACCAUCAACAACACCAUCAGCAGCAGCUGCACCCGUCACUGCAGGGCAUGCAUGGGGUCUCCACAUAUCCCAACCAGGGGCAUUCCUUCGCAACAGCUCCUUUCACGGACAAUAACGUUCCCAACUCCAACAGCUUGCCUUGCCGGUACCAGGAUUAUCAGGGGUGCAUGCCUGACAGCGCCCAGCCUGGAAUGACAUCUCACUCUGGAGACGCGGGCAUGUACCGAGAGCCUCAGCAGAAGCUGCAGGGUCAUGAUGCUUCGAUGGCGGGAGGAUCGGUGGAGUCGGUGGACGCGAUCUACAGAGCGGUGGUGGACGCCGCUGGCAAAGGCAUGCAUGUGACCAUCACCACCGGCAUGAGCGUCAGCACGCAGGCGAGUCCCGUCCCCGCGCUCAGCGCCAUGAGUGCCUUCACCGCCUCCAUCGGCCAGCCGCUCAGCCUACCUCACGCCGUCAACGCCGUCAUCCACGCGCCGCGCAGCUCUGAGGCUAACGAGACGCUCUCCCAGAUCCAGCGCAACCGGCUGCAGCACAACCACGCGCGCAGGAGCUCCGAGCGCGAGAAGAACAUGCCCGACGGCUCGGACGCGCACGAGUAUUUCCGCUCGCCCCGUCCACACUGGGACGAGUCCAAUCAUGCGCACUGGAGAGGCGAGGAGUUCCUCGAGUGCUCCACACAUGUGCACAGCAACACGCGCGUUAGCAAAUGCGAGAGGAAACCCAUCAUGGACUGUCCGACGGAGACUCACGAACCCCACGAACGGUUUAACCAGCGUGUGAACGGCACGAUGGCUCGCGGCGGAUACGAUGAUGACCAGUCGCCCGGUUCCUCCACGAGCCUCGAAGGGCCGCUGCUCAAAGACUACACUCACUUCAACGGGCACUUUAACGGACACUGUGCGCCAAGCCCCUCGGACACGAAGAGUCUCAGCAGCGAGGAGGAGCUCCGGCACCCCGACUCGCCCUCAGCAGAACUGAUGCACUACAGGCCCAGGGCCUUACACGUGGGGGAACUGGUCUGGCCCAUUAAAGGCUUCCCCGCCUGGCCUAACAAACUGCUGAGAGAGGAGCAUGGACACAAUCCCAGCAUGCAACUGUCUGAACAGGCCAAGGUGGAGCCAGAGCAGCUGAAAACACUAACACAAGACCUUCAGGUGCUGGACCGAGCCAGCAAAAAAAACAGAAAGGCGGGAAAGCUGAAUCAUCAUCUAGAAGCGGCGAUUCAUGAGGCCAUGAGUGAGUUGGACAAGAUGUCUGGAACUGUUCACCAGGAUCGUCAAGUCAAACUGCCCAAACCCAAGAGGAGGAAAAUCUCCAGAUAACAGCAGCGUCUCUCUCAGUGUCUCUCUCUCUCUCUGUGAUCGUGGUGCUACACACUAGCAGACGCUCAUCGUGGCCCCGCCCACACCCUGUGACUGACAGGUGCUGGAUCAGCCAAUUAGAAAAGGCAGCAAAGACAACUUGCUGAAGAACUAUUUUUUUCUAGUGUACAAGGAAAAAUAUUGAAAAAGCAAAAAAAAAAAAAAAAACUGCAUUUAAGAACACAGACAGUCCAAAUAUUUCUGAUAUGUUUUCAAUGUGUAUAUAGACAAUACAGAAGUUUCAUGGUAAAAACAUGGGAAGAAGUGUAAAUACUGUAGGAUAAUGACAUGUACAAGCCAACUCGAUGCACACUUUAUCUUCAGCUGUACAAAACACAAAGCAGAAAUGUCUCAGCGGCCCAUAAGGCCCUGUGACAUUACAAUGAAUAAGAGUCAAUCUGAGACUUUUCUAAGCUUCAGUUUGAGUUGUAUUUUGAGUGUGUGUGUGUGUGUGUCGGAGUGGACUUCACCAGCUCAAUGGGCUAGUUGCGGGUUUGACUUGCGGGCUUCUAUAUAUAGUUCAGGUCUUCCAGCACUAAACACUAAUAUACUCAUACGUUUAGAAUCGUCCUGUGAUGUUUUCUGUCUUUAUACCGUUAUUUAGUUUUUUCUUUUGUCAUAUUUGUUUGAGUUAGACCACCUCGAUGAAACACUGGUUUCAUACUGUAAUGGCCAACAUAGAGGAAAACUGAGGCCUUAUAAUGUGUGUUAGACAUGAUGUAUGAAACUCCCUGACAUGUUCAGUAAAUCUUGGCAAUAAUACGGCACAUGCUCGGUAAAGCCUUAUACGUGUG